AGGAAAACAAACACCAUCUGAAUUACAACUAUUUGUAACUGAAUGAAUUUAACGUUAUUAAAUACUGCCAGCGAUGGAGAAUCCAAUGUGUCGUGUCUGCCGAAGUGGAAAUGGAAAUAUGGUCAAUAUGUUCGAAGACACGCUUGAACCCAAUUCCAUUGUGAAUAUGGUUUCUCAGUUCAGCGACUCUAAAAUUUCUAAAGGAGAUUCCAUUUGUUCUCCCUGCCUUCAAGACGCGAAAAAUGCAUUCAAGUUCUCCGAAGAAGUGGUCGCUGAUGUGAGAGAAGAUGAAGAACCCCGUGGAGAGCCGUUCCAAUGUCUGGUGAAGAACGAGCCGCUGGUUGAAGAGGAGGACGACUACCAGCACGAUGCCCAACUAAAGAACAAAGUGGUCGAUGAGGUGGAACCCCACACAAACCUCUUUCAGGUGAAGAACGAGCCCCUUGAAGCCUACGAAGUCUAUGAGUUCGAAGAGGAAAACAGCCACAUUGCAGACAGCAACAUUGAUGAGCUGGUGGACGAAGUUAAAGUCGAAGAGACGGAAAUCGAUGAUGAAGGAACAGAGAGGGACGAGGAGCACUGUGAGCCUCAGCAACGGGAGAGUAAUAUGAAAUGCCAUGCUUGUCAAAAGACUUUCGUAAUUAGAGCUGAGCUUAAGGAGCACCUGCAAUCCCACAUAGGAGAACGUCCGUUCCAGUGCGCACACUGCCCAAAGGCUUUUAAAUCGAAUUUGAGUCUAAGGAGUCAUUUGCGCAUUCACGCAGGAAGAUCGUUUAAGUGUUCGCACUGCGAAAAGGCUUUUAGUAAAAUAGCAAGUCUUAGCACACACCUGAAAACACACACUAGUGAACAAUUGCUCAAGUGCUCUUACUGCUUUAUGCCUUUUAUUGACAAAUCGUGCUUUCAGGAUCAUAUGGAAAGCCACAAAGGACAGCUACAGUGCUCCCACUGUCCAACGACUUUUGCCUCAAAUCAUGCCUUUCAAAAGCACUUGCUAACCCACAGAAAACAUGGGGCGUUUUCACCCGGUUUGGGUCGUAACAGACACGAGGUAAUCCACUCAGAGCUAAAACCUUUCAAGUGCACCCACACCGACUGCUCAAUGUCCUUCAAAUGGAGGCAGGGUCUCCGGAGACACCUGAUGUCGCACGCAGUGAGGCGAUGGAGGGGCAAGCAAACGGAGUUCAAGUGCCUCCAUUGCGAAAAGUCGUUUACCCGGAAACAAACUUGUGAAUCGCACAUGCGAACGCACACGGGAGAAAAGCCGUUUCAGUGCUCCUACUGCCUGAAGUCCUUUUCCAGUAGUUCCUAUCUCGACAAGCACUUGCGAUCGCACUCAGCACCGGAGUUCCAGUGCCCACACUGUGCAAAGCCCUUCACACAGGAGUUGAGUCUGCAGAAACACCUGCAAAUUCACAUAGGAAAAGAUCAGUACAAGUGUGCCCAGUGUCCAAAGAUCUUACCCAGCGAUCUACACCUGCAAAGGCACCUGCACGCGCACUCUGAAGUCCUUCGCUUCAAGUGCCCCCACUGUCCAAGGGCGUUCAGCGAGAGCCACGAUCUUGGGACACAUUUGGAAACGCAUUAAGGACUCCAGUAGCCCACUUAAAUGUAUAUAAUUUGAGUUAUAUUACACUGAGUUACAUUUUUAGUUGUUUGGAAUGCAGCCGCAGGUGGCAUUUUGGCACUCACCUAUCAUAUGGAUAUGAACCCAUCGGAAAAUAUUAUAUUAUUUUUAUUUAGUUUUGUAUUUUUCAAUUCUCAGCCUGCAAUAAUGUACAAGACGUUUACCUGCACUUUGAUAAAUUUGAAUUUUUAUAAGCCAAGUUUUAUAGUGUCUAUAAAGGGAACUAACUGCUGUUCUCAAAAGGAAAGCUUGUUUAAAAACCAAAAGUAUCCUUACUUUUGUUAUCUGUGGGCUAUUACUAAAAAUAAAGUUUGU